AUGGAGGACAAGCGCAACAAGAGGAGCCCCAAAGUGUCUCUCCCCCAGCCCCCUCCUCCCCCAGUCAACCCCCACAAGCUCUCAGUCCUCCCCUCCAGCAAGAGUGCCACAUUCUCCCUUGGCCUCCCCCAACCCCCCUCCCCAAAAAACAGAGGCAAGCUCAAGAGGUCCAUCGGAGCAGCAGGACAGUCCAAAGAUGUGGUCGUAGCAGCUCCACCAAAGACCACAAGGUUUGGAACAGUCACAAUGUCUAAUUUUACAGGUCAGUCAAAUUGGGAUUGUAUGAAUGUUGUAUUAGGGUACAGGUUUGACCAGCUUAAUGUUUGCUAAACCCCUGUUUUCUGUUGGUUCCUGUUGUCUGGCUUCUUUACACCAGGCCUAAUAAGGAGAAGGCCAGUGCUCCCCAGCCAGCAGGGCCCAGUCCUCUCCACUGCAGCACUCCUUCCUUACGGACAUCUCUGAUGUGAGAGAGAUGGAGGGAGGCCUCCUCAACCUGCUCAAUGACUUUAUGGUAAUCAAUUAUGUAUCAUUAAGGCAAAAUGUUGGGAAAUGUCAAAGGUAAAAUAUAGUAAACAUGAUUGACAUUCUAUAAUCCAGAUGCAUGUUUAAAUAAGGAAAUAUCCAAUACAGUGUGUAACCAUGCCUUAAUGCAUGUAUGUGUAUUAUUUUUAAGAGGGGGUCUGCCACCAAUAUAAUGAGAUAUGAGAGAGAGGCCUCAUAUGGAAACGCGCCCAUGGCCUUUUGGAGUAAACCACAUGUGACAUCUGGACAUUGAAAGAUAAGGGUAGAGUGGCACUAAAAUAAGUUAAUCAUUUGCCCUAAGGGGUGACUGUAUAUGCUAUGUAACAUUAUUAUGCAUUUGUGUAUAAAAGGGAGCUCUAAGCCAAAGAGAGACAGCCGUUCCAUGGAGUGGCUCGGCUUUGUUACGCAAAUAAUAAAGUCUAAUUUUUGGAUUCACAAGCUCCAGUCUCUUGAGAGAUAUUUUUGAGUUGACUACUUUUGAGUCAAAUAUUUCCACGACAUAAUUGGCGAGCUUGCCAGGAGUUGAAAACAGAGACCAGAGACGGUGUACAUCUGCAGUUGUGAAACGGCUUGGACGGACCAUACAAACAAAAGCGGCCGCUUUUAAAAGGUAAGCCAAGUUCUUACUUAUAUAGUAUAAAGUUUGUGUGGUUCGAUCCGGGGUCCGGCAUCAGCAGCAGAAUACCAAGUAGGUCUCUCCAAAUUUAAGAACCAGAAAAUUAGAGACUGGGAGCUUUUGGAUUUAAGAAUACAUGUCGAUGUCACUCUGUUGUUCGUCUGAACCGUCUGUUCAAUUCAUUUGAUUCAUUUGAUUCAUCCUGCUGAUCGCUUUGUCUGGGUCAUUUCGGCACGGGCGGCUGUCCAUCUGGUUGAGCGAUCAGACAAUAACAUGUUAGAACGUCCUACAAAUACCGCUCUAAACGUGUCGAGGAAGUGUAUCGUUAAUAGGCUGCUUAGGUAGGCAGAAAUCCUGUGCAAUACCGCUUAUUUUCUGUGUCGAGGAUGUGUAUCAGAAAAAAAGGGCUGAAUUUGCAGGUCGCUUAGGAAAGCGUAAGGUAUAAGUCCAGGUGUGUCGAGGAAGUGUAUCACCUAGGGGGCUAAAUAAAUAGAUAUCCUGUAUAAAAUCGUCUUUCUUGUGUCGGGGAAGUGAAUCAGAAAGGGUCGAUCAGGUAAAAAGAUAGGUCAUCCGGAGAAGGUGACGCCAUAAAUUGGAAGUUAACACCGGUCAUCCUGAGUAGGUGAACGGGUUAAACAGUCACUAAGGCUUCAAAAUAUAGAGAAUGUGUUAGAUAGAGUUGGUCUGAUCAUCUCAUGUGGAUGAGUGGUUUGCUUGGGCUACUGUGAGUCAUUCAACUGUCUGAUUCAUUUGGGCACAAGUGGCUGCUCAUCUGUGUGAGUGAGAAUAAUAAGAAAUCCUGCAAGUAAAUAGCCUUUCUGUAAGGAAAGGAACUAUAUUUGAGGUCGUUUGAAGCUUCUGCCUGGUGGAGAAAGGGCAUGCCCAAUCUCGCAUUAGGAAAAAGAAGAAUAUGGAUGUGGAUAUACAUUUACCAACUGAGUGGAAAAUUCACAUUACUAGGAGGGGUAUGAGGAAUCUGGUUGGAGGAACAGGUCACGUGUACCGGUGUGAUCAUAUGACGUCUAUGCAUUGUAUUUUGAUCAAUCUUUUAGGGUGUGUUUCUGAGAUUAUAUUUGGAAACUUUAGAGGUGAUGUAGUAUUGUGACAAAUUGACUACAGUUAAAUAAUAACUGCAAUAGGGUUAACAUUCCAAAUUUGGGCCCUUUGAUAGAAUAAAAUAUUCCUGUAGGUUAUACAAAAGUAAUUAAGUGCGUUUGAGAACAACAGAGUCGCACUCUGAAGUUUGAAUGAUGAGAUAUAGAGGUGUGUAUGAUCAUUAUAUAUAAAUUGGAAUAAUAAGCUUUUCUUGUAUAUGAUAUCUUGGAGUUUCGUACAACAAUGCCUGUCAUAGAAUUUUGUAAGAUCAGUGAAUAGUGACCAGCCUAUAUGAUUCUGGGAGGAUUCUAUGACUGAGGGGAAGGAUUUGGGUAAUUAGUUGUUGUUCCGCUGAGACUAGAUUAUGAUUAACGGAUUUGUGGUAAUAAAGAAUCAUUAGAAACAUGAAUGGUUUGGUAGAUGUGAAUAUAUUAGAAUAGAAUGCAUUUUAUGGGAGUGUAAUUUAUUAUGAGGGAUAAAAUAAUAGGUGUUGAUUUGCACACCCAAACACGUAGACGUAUGUGGGGGAUGGGAGACAGUACAUAGAGCAUGUGGUAGAAUUAAGCAUUAUAAUAAGCUAUCUAUUAUUUCAGAAGCAGAGGUGAUAUAGUCAAGGAAUUUUAGUAUAUUAGGGGGAAAAUAUAAUUCAUUUGGUUAGGUCAUUAGAUCUGUUUCCAAAUCAAUGAAUGUGGGUUUGACUCGUUGACUGCUAAGUUGUUUACGUUGAGCGUGUGAGAUCUGUGUCCUUCAAAGCUAUUUUCUGAUAAAGUGUGGUAUGUGCCAGAUACUAAAACUUCUGACCAUUAUCAUUGGAAUAAAGGAGGAUUAACUUGUAAUUUCAAUAAAGCAUAGAUUCUGCAUCGCUGAUUAGAGUCUAGGUUUUCUAAGUAUAGUUCAACUAUGGUUGUGGGUUGUUUAGAUUGACGGAACAGUCAGGAUAAGACUGGAUGAUUUAGCAGCCUGCGUCUUUUCAGACUGAAGGACUCACUUAUUCAACGGGAAAGAAGGAGGAGUGUCUAUAGUCUAAUCAGAAAGGACAGUUACAUACAUUUGAAUAGCGGACUGGCAAUUGCGAUAGAGUUAUGGCCAUAAUUUGAAUUGUUUAGGUAGACUGGAAUGAAAGUAAGGUCUUUUAAUAAUAUGAAUAUAAAUAUGCUAUUAGUUAUUGUUGGGUUGUGAAUAGACUUUACUAAUGCCAUGAUCUAGUUCUCGGGUAAAAGAGAGUCGUACUUGCUUGACUGUAUCGAGCUGAAAGAGAUAUUUGAAGCAAGUUUGAAUAGUUGGAUGGAAAACAUUUAUUUGACAAAUUCUAAUUGUUAUUACUUUAUUCUAUUAGUGACACCAGUGAUGUAUGCGAAUAGUUGGUGAAUUCUAGAACGAUAAUUUAUUUUCGUUACGUGAACCAGGGGAUGCAAGGAGCUUUGGCUAUUAUGCUGAGGGAAUAGCACCAAUUUAUAGUGGGUUCUAGAUUUGUUGAAUAAACAAACUUAUAUUUUAAACUAAAGUAAUGCAAUAGGCUACAAUUAUAACAUUAUCAGAAAAAGGCACUAUACGCUCAUCUGUGGUCCUCUGUAGCUCAGUCGGUAGAGCAUGAGACUCUUAAUCUCAGGGUAGUGGGUUCGAUCCCCGGGAUCACCCAUACACAAAAAUGUAUGCACGCAUGACUGUAAGUCGCUUUGGAUAAAAUCGUCUGCUAAAUGGCAUAUUAUUAUUAUCUGGAAAAAGCAAAUUUAAGACACAGAAGGACAAUAAAAAACCCAGAAAAAUAAUGGAUAUUGAGGGGCCCAGAGAAUCCUAAAGGGGAGGGUCAGCUAGUGGCAGUAACUAUGCAGGCUGAUGAAGAACCUAUGCUAAAGGUUCAGAUGAAGAAUAGAGGCACCCCAAUGAUGAUAGAUACUGAAGCAACUUACUCAUGUGUAAAUCCAAAUGAUGCCUCUCACUAACCCCAUGUCAGGCAAAGAUGCACAGACAAUAGAAUUUUCAUGACAAACGCAGUUAAUACAUAUGACAGUUCCAGUAGAAUAAGAAGUAGGAAAAAUAUACGUGUACAUAUAUUAGUGUCAGAACAAAUUCCAGUUAAUUUAGUAGAAAGAGAUACACUGUGUAGAAUGGGGGUCCAGAUUAAAUGCAGAUCAGAGGGACUAAUAAUAGUUAAGGAAGGGGUAUGUCCACAGAAGGUAAUGGGGAAACCAUCAUCACAUUAGUAAACUAUUUUGGUAGAAGGGGGGCCACAGGCAUGUGGGAAAGUACAACCAACGAGGCAAGGGAUAGCAUAUUUGAGUUUUCGAUGUCACGAAGCAUGUUGGGGGUGAUUGAGUGGGAAACAGUGCGGCUAAGGAAAAGCCUAGGGGUUUAAGUCUUAUGGGAUUUUAUUUCGUUUUAUGUGCGCUGAAUUGUGGAAUUCACCGGAGAAGGGAGCAGUCACAAGUGAUGUUCUUGAGGGUUGUCGGAAAGGAGGGAUCAGGAGAUGUGGCAAGAGAGUGAGAAUUUCGAAUUUAGAUUGUGUGGACUGAUUAAGAGGUAUCGAAAUGGAAACUAACUAAAUGUGUACUUUUUCUUCCAGGAAAAAGGGGGGAGUGAUUCUCUUUUCUUUGAAAUAUUUUCUGAGACUAUACAGUGGGGAAAAAAGUAUUUAGUCAGCCACCAAUUGUGCAAGUUCUCCCACUAAAAAGAUGAGAGAGGCCUGUAAUUUUCAUCAUAGGUACACGUCAAAUAUGACGGACAAAUUGAGAAAAAAAAAUCCAGAAAUUCACAUUGUAGGAUUUUUAAUGAAUUUAUUUGCAAAUUAUGGUGGAAAAUAAGUAUUUGGUCACCUACAAACAAGCAAGAUUUCUGACUCUCACAGACCUGUAACUUCUUCUUUAAGGGGCUCCUCUGUCCUCGACUCGUUACCUUUAUUAAUGGCACCUGUUUGAACUUGUUAUCAGUAUAAAAGACACCUGUCCACAACCACAAACAGUCACACUCCAAACUCCACUAUGGCCAAGACCAAAGAGCUGUCAAAGGACACCAGAAACAAAAUUGUAGACCUGCACCAGGCUGGGAAGACUGAAUCUGCAAUAGGUAAGCAGCUUGGUUUGAAGAAAUCAACUGUGGGAGCAAUUAUUAGGAAAUGGAAGACAUACAAGACCACUGAUAAUCUCCCUCGAUCUGGGGCUCCACGCAAGAUCUCACCCCGUGGGGUCAAAAUUAUCACAAGAACGGUGAGCAAAAAUCCCAGAACCACAUGGGGGGACCUAGUGAAUGACCUGCAGAGAGCUGGGACCAAAGUAACAAAGCCUACCAUCAGUAACACACUACGCCGCCAGGGACUCAAAUUCUGCAGUGCCAGACGUGUCCCCCUGCUUAAGCCAGUACAUGUCCAGGCCCAUCUGAAGUUUGCUAGAGUGCAUUUGGAUGAUCCAGAAGAGGAUUGGGAGAAUGUCAUAUGGUCAGAUGAAACCAAAAUAGAACUUUUUGGUAAAAACUCAACUCGUCGUGUUUGGAGGACAAAGAAUGCUGAGUUGCAUCCAAAGAACACCAUACCUACUGUGAAGCAUGGGGGUGGAAACAUCAUGCUUUGGGGCUGUUUUUCUGCAAAGGGACCAGGACGACUGAUCCGUGUAAAGGAAAGAAUGAAUGGGGCCAUGUAUCGUGAGAUUUUGAGUGAAAACCUCCUUCCAUCAGCAAGGGCAUUGAAGAUGAAACGUGGCUGGGUCUUUCAGCAUGACAAUGAUCCCAAACACACCGCCCGGGCAACGAAGGAGUGACUUCGUAAGAAGCAUUUCAAGGUCCUGGAGUGGCCUAGCCAGUCUCCAGAUCUCAACCCCAUAGAAAAUCUUUGGAGGGAGUUGAAAGUCCGUGUUGCCCAGCAACAGCCCCAAAACAUCACUGCUCUAGAGGAGAUCUGCAUGGAGGAAUGGGCCAAAAUACCAGCAACAGUGUGUGAAAACCUUACAGAAAACGUUUGACCUGUGUCAUUGCCAACAAAGGGUAUAUAACAAAGUAUUGAGAAACUUUUGUUAUUGACCAAAUACUUAUUUUCCACCAUAAUUUGCAAAUAAAUUCAUUAAAAAUCCUACAAUGUGAUUUUCUGGAUUUUUCUUUCUCAUUUUGUCUGUCAUAGUUGACGUGUACCUAUGAUGAAAAUUACAGGCCUCUCUCAUCUUUUUAAGUGGGAGAACUUGCACAAUUGGUGGCUGACUAAAUACUUUUUUCCCCCACUGUAAAUAAGGCCUGGCCAUUCUUUGUUUGUUUAUUGUUUUACUAUAUGGUGUUCGAAUAACCACAAACAAACCACUUAGUAUGAAAUGUUAGCUGUAUAGGAUUUGUAUUUGUAUUUUGGGUUUUUUGACGGGAUGGAAGUGAAAUAUCUUAAAGGGGCAUACACAUGUAAUUUGGGUUUUUAUUUAUUCAGGGAUAAGUAAAUGUGUGUGAUUUAUUUUGAAAAGAGCUGUACUAAGGACUUACUGUAUACUUGGGAUACAACAUUUAUGAAAUGUCUUGAUGGUUGUUAAUGAGUAGUAUACUAUUGGAUGAAACAAUUCAUUGAAUGAUUUCAAUGACCUCUGAAAUCUGUCCUGGCUUUAUAGUGUGACCUGAUCACCCGCACUGUAAAUUCUAGAGACAUGCUGAAUUAGGGGGUUAGAUAUAAUAAGGAUAAUUGUGAAGAAGUUUAUAAGUUGGAAAAAAUCCUAUAUACACUGCUCAAAAAAAUAAAGGGAACACUAAAAUAACACAUCCUAGAUCUGAAUGAAUGAAAUAAUCUUAUGAAAUACUUUUUUCUUUAUAUAGUUGAAUGUGCUGACAACAAAAUCACACAAAAAUUAUCAAUGGAAAUCAAAUGUAUCAACUCAUGGAGGUCUGGAUUUGGAGUCACCCUCAAAAUUAAAGUGGAAAACCACACUACAGGCUGAUCCAACUUUGAUGUAAUGUCCUUAAAACAAGUAAAAAUUAGUCUCAGUAGUGUGUGUGGCCUCCACGUGCCUGUAUGACCUCCCUACAACGCCUGGGCAUGCUCCUGAUGAGGUGGCGGAUGGUCUUCUGAGGGAUCUCCUCCCAGACCUGGACUAAAGCAUCCGCCAACUCCUGGACAGUCUGUGGUGCAACGUGGCGUUGGUGGAUGGAGCGAGACAUGAUGUCCCAGAUGUGCUCAAUUGGAUUCAGGUCUGGGGAACGGGCGGGCCAGUCCAUAGCAUCAAUGCCUUCCUCUUGCAGGAACUGCUGACACACUCCAGCCACAUGAGGUCUAGCAUUGUCUUGCAUUAGGAGGAACCCAGGGCCAACCGCACCAGCAUAUGGUCUCACAAGGGGUCUGAGGAUCUCAUCUCGGUACCUAAUGGCAGUCAGGCUACCUCUGGCGAGCACAUGGAGGGCUGUGCGGCCCCCCAAAGAAAUGCCACCCCCACACCAUGACUGACCCACCGCCAAACCGGUCAUGCUGGAGGAUGUUGCAGGCAGCAGAACGUUCUCCACGGCGUCUCCAGACUCUGUCACGUCUGUCACAUGUGCUCAGUGUGAACCUGCUUUCAUCUGUGAAGAGCACAGGGCGCCAGUGGCGAAUUUGCCAAUCUUGGUGUUCUCUAGCAAAUGCCAAACGUCCUGCACGGUGUUGGGCUGUAAGCACAACCCCCACCUGUGGACGUCGGGCCCUCAUACCACCCUCAUGGAGUCUGUUUCUGACCGUUUGAGCAGACACAUGCACAUUUGUGGCCUGCUGGAGGUCAUUUUGCAGGGCACUGGCAGUGCUCCUCCUGCUCCUCCUUGCACAAAGGCGAAGAUAGCAGUCCUGCUGCUGGGUUGUUGCCCUCCUACGGCCUCCUCCACGUCUCCUGAUGUACUGGCCUGUCUCCUGGUAGCGCCUCCAUGCUCUGGACACUACGCUGACAGACACAGCAAACCUUCUUGCCAAAGCUCGCAUUGAUGUGCCAUCCUGGAUGAGCUGCACUACCUGAGCCACUUGUGUGGGUUGUAGACUCCGUCUCAUGCUACCACUAGAGUGAAAGCACCGCCAGCAUUCAAACGUGACCAAAACAUCAGCCAGGAAGCAUAGGAACUGAGAAGUGGUCUGUGGUGACCAACUGCAAAACCAGUCCUUUAUUGGGGGUGUCUUGCUAAUUGCCUAUAAUUUCCACCUGUUGUCUAUUCCAUUUGCACAACAGCAUGUGAAAUGUAUUGUCAAUCAGUGUUGCUUCCUAAGUGGACAGUUUGAUUUCACAGAAGUGUGAUUGACUUGGAGUUACAUUGUGUUGUUUAAGUGUUUCCUUUAGUUUUUUGAGCAGUGUAUAUAUUAGUCCAAACAGGACAAGGAUGAAGUGAGAGAGUUAGUCCUGAAGGAGAGGUAUUCCUUGAAUAGUGUUAUGGGAUACAGUUAAGUAAAGAUAUGCUCAAAGGUUGUCAUUUUAAGUUUAGUUAUUAUUUUUUGUUUGAUAGGCAAUAUUGUUGUUGUUUUGUUUUUUGAACACAUGAAUCACGAUGUGAUGCAUGUGUCCAAGGGGGGAAGUUGGGCUUACAGAGGUUUUAAUGGGGCUUACAGAGGUUUUAAUGUUUUAUAAUGGUUUUGUGGGGAAAUAUGCAAGGUGCAUUAAGGAUAUGAGCAGUAGUAAUAAUGUGUUAUGGGUUAGGUUAAAUCUUUUUUGUUUUUGUGAUAGGAGGCAUGGUGUAGGGGAGGUCUGUCUAUGAAAUAAGUGGACUACAACAAACUGGAAGCAGGUGCUUCAUAAUCUCAAGGCUUCUCCUGAUGGAUGAGAGGACAUAAGUAGCAUACUGUGUCUCACCUAACCUAACAAUGUUCUUAAGAUUUUAUUUUCAUGGGUGAAGAUAACUCUGCCCAACUGAGUAGGAGAAUCUGAGCAUUUUCUGCACCCUGGAGACUAUGUGAUGGCAAAAGACUACAGAAGAAAGAGCUGGAAAGACCCUAUGUGGAGGGGCCUGUACCAAGUGUUGUUGGCUACCUUAAUGAUGGUAAAAGUGGUGGAGACAGAUACUUAGAUCCAUGUUUCCCACUAUAGGAGUGUUCCAACCUCGGCCAUUGGGUAGUAUUGUUGUCUUUUGUGCGUGUCUGUGCUUGUGUGUCUUUGCAGCAGUAACUCUGAGCUUCCCUAUGGGUAGGCUGAUAGAAGGACACUCUUCGCAGACCGAUGUCGAUAGAUUGAGAGGGACUCUGGCUGAUCCGGAGACCCUAGUGAUGGAAGACGGUUAACAGCUACAGUGACCAUACAUCGUUGUCCAGGUUACACCAACGGCGGUACGGAUAGAGGGGAGCGCGAUCGGGUAUCAUCUGAACCAUUGUACCAGAGUGAGGGAACUGAUGACUAAGAGACCACCGAGACUUUCAAGACCUCCCAAGACCUUCCAGACCGCCGAGAGAUUCCAGACCACCGAGAGAUUCCAGACCUCCAAGACACACCAGAUAUCCUCAUCAUUGAUUUCUCUGUACUUGACUAGUUCCCUGAGAAUAAGGGGAAUGGGUUACUGAUAAUAGUAAAGAGUAGAAGAACAAGACAUAGAAGGGAUAUAGACAGGAUUAAAAUGUAUAUUCUUGCACAGGCAGGAACCAUAACUAAAAUACAGGAAGGGAUCACUAUUAAAAUACAAGGGUUAAAAUAUUAUUGGUGUGUGAGGAACCAGCACAAAGAGUAUGGGGAAGUCACAUGGGGUAGUGUGACCUUAAGAUAAUGAAAGAAAGAGACAGGUGAAUCAUAGACAUAAGGAGAACAGUCCAAGACUUAGAUAAACAAUUUGAUGUAGUAUUUAGUGUUAGAUUUCCAGGGGGAAGUGUUAUUGGAGUAGUUAUUCCUUGGGAAAGUGCACUAAAUCCUGUACAUGUCAGAGCCAUACCAAAUACAGAAGAAAGGGAAUUGAAGGAGCCGUUAAACAAUGAUUGGUAUAGAUGAGUACAAUAUGUUGCAUUAAAAUAAAAUAAAAUAAAAUAGUCUAAUAUGCACCACAUCUCCAUUUAAAGAAUUAACAGUAGUUCAAAAUCUUCACAGUUACCAAAAUAACUGGAACUGGAAAAUAUAGGAAUGUUACAGUAAAACAAUUGGGUUAUAUAAUUUGGGAGAAUUCAAGGUAGAAUGUGAAACUAGGGGGUGUUUAAACAGAUAGCCUUUGGAAUACAGGGACCCCUCAAAGAAAAAUCUAUCAGGCAUUAGAUAGAAAUGGGUAUUAAGAAUGAGUGAUGAAACAUAAUGAUUUGUCAUGUAAACAAUGUUAAUAGGGAUGUUUUGGAUUGGAAAUUAACUCAACUAAACUGUUAUGAUCUGUCCUUUCCUGAGGUUACUACGGGUGGUGUCGUAAUGCAUAGCAGAGAUAAUUCGGUCCAGAACGGUGUAAACCUCAAUAAAAACCAAAAACCCUCUACCCGGCUGAAGAGGAACAACAAAGGCGGUGAAGACGUUCCUGUCCGACACCACCUCUGCCAGGAGACCUGAAUCCAGCAUCAAAUCAAAGCAAUCAAUUGCCUUCUCUUUUGUGCCUUUUCUCUCAAGAAUGUGACAGGAGACCAUGUGGAGUGAGCAGGAAGAGAGAGGUCUAUGCCAAUGCAACAUUCUUCGUAGUUUGGGUAUACUGGUUGGCAAAUGGACAAAACAGAAUGGGGGUAGAGGUGAGGUGGUUCAGGUGUGACAUUGGAAUGGGAACAUUGCCAUGGGCAAUCCAAGAUGAACUAUGAUGCUAUCUGAAGAACAUAAUGAAGACGCCAGAAGAUUGAGUGCCGGUAGAGGAAGGAAGUGUUAGUUGAGGUAGUAUGUUGAUUAAGGAGGUAUUAUACACUGCUAAAUUUAUAGUAAUUUAGACUAGGAAUGCAUUAAGAUACUGAUCUGUUGUAAUUCUCAUUAUGAGAUAGUUAAUGCUAGAAUUGUGAUAAUAUAAAUAUACAUUCUGCCAGUGUCAAUAUGUGCCAAGGUGAGAGUUUUAACUUUGAAUGAUGGAACCAAGGUGACUUUGUCAUUCUAAAGUUGUUUUGGGUAAUUCAUUUGAUUAUGAUUAUAAAUUAUAAGUGGACUGAUUGAUCUGAAUAAGUUAUUAAUAUUAAUGCCUAGUGAUGUUGACAUUGCAAUUAAUGGAUUAGAUAUUGAUAUUGAUUAUUUUGAUUGUUAUAAUACUUGUGAUAUGGGUGAAAAAGGUUAUGUAAGCUAAAGAUAUUGACACCAUUCUUAACAUGUCCUAGAUAUUAUUGUUAAGACAAAGUUGCAUAUUUUAAUGUGUUAGGAUACUAACAGAUAUAUGGGAAAUGCUAUAACUAAACAAAAGUGGGGAGCAAUGUUUAUAAAGAAAUACAUCCAGUUCAGGGAGCUCCAGGACAGUAUGUAAAUGAAUAUGGGAAAUUUUGUAAAUGUUAAGGGAGGACCAAUGGACUGUCCAUUUGGGAAUCCUGAAUGUUUUUAUGAAGUUGUUCCUGGGGGUGGAUGGGCCUGCCAUGGUUACAAAGCCCAAUAGAAAAAUGUGGAGGUAAAUUUAGAGGAAAACCUUCCAGACUUGUAUCCAAUACCUGACUGGGCUCUGGGUCCUCAUCAGGAUGGGUCAAACAAUGAGGAAUAUAUAUUGGUUUAAAUAUAUGCAUAAAAAAAGUAACCACAUAUGGCAAGGCUAAGAAUAAGUAAAUGCACAGGCUUACAUUCAUUUUAAAGUAAAUCUUUGUAUUAUUGGGACAUUGUUGGAAUGUCCCAAAGGGGGGAUUAUAUGGUAAUAAAUUAUGUAUCAUUAAGGCAAAAUGUUGGGAAAUGUCAAAGGUAAAAUAUAGUAAACAUGAUUGACAUUCUAUAAUCCAGAUGCAUGUUUAAAUAAGGAAAUAGACAAUACAGUGUGUAACCAUGCCUUAAUGUAUGUAUGUGUAUUAUUUUUAAGAGGGGGUCUGCCACCAAUAUAAUGAGAUAUGAGAGAGAGGCCUCAUAUGGAAAAGUGCCCAUGGCCUUUUGGAGUAAACCACAUGUGACAUCUGGACGUUGAAAGAUAAGGGUAGAGUGGCACUAAAAUAAGUUAAUCAUUUGCCCUAAGGGGAGUGACUGUAUAUGCUAUGUAACAUGAUUAUGCAUUUGUGUAUAAAAGGGAGCUCUAAGCCAAAGAGAGACAGCCGUUCCAUGGAGUGGCUCGGCUUUGUUACGCAAAUAAUAAAGUCUAAUUUUUGGAUUCACAAGCUCCAGUCUCUUGAGAGAUAUUUUUGAGUUGACUACUUUUGAGUCAAAUAUUUCUACGACAACUUCCACUCCGUAAAUUGCAGGCUUUUGGUAAGAUGACCAUGGACAACCCUGUGAAUACUGAGACUCAGUGGAAAUGUGGCCAUUUGUUUUACAUUAUGCCAUAGUGCAAUGGUUACAUAGGAAGUUAUGUAUUUUAGACAGGUAUGUAAAGGUGUGAAUAACCCUUGCUGUGUCCUCUCAGGGAAGGUGUGCUCCUUUGAGCAACUGGAGCACGUGUGUGAGAUGCAAGAGAAACUUGCACGGCUACACUUCAGUCUGGACAGCCAUGUUUAGGAGUUGUCAGAGGACCAGCGGAAGUGUGCCUCCGACCACAACCUGGAGCACCUGCUCUGCAACGUAAGCGCCUAA